AUGUCUGAUAAAAGAAAAUUAUCAUAUUAUUUCUUAAAAAAACCAGAUAAUUUAGUACAAGAAUCAAAUAGUACACCUCAACGUACAACAACAAGUUCAGAAAUUGUGAAUAUAAAUGAAACAAUCGUGUUGACUGAAUUUCUUGAUGCAUCAUCACCAUUAUCCUCAUCAACAAGUUUAAUUCUUCAUGAUCAAAGUGGAAUCUAUGAAAAUUCCUCAACAACAACAGCAACAACACCAAAGACGAAGAGUAAUCUUCUUGAAUUACUUGAAUUAAGAAGUCUUGAUAAUGAUUUCAUUAAAAGUAAAUUAAAAUCUUUGCAAUAUACACAUCAUUCGAUUCAAAAUGAAUUAUUAUAUUUAAUUCAAGAAAAUAUAUUAUCUCAAAUUGUGUUCCAAAUUAAAAGCGCCAAAUAUUUUUCUAUUAUGAUGGAUGAAUCAGUUGAUAUUUCUCGUCAUGAACAAGUAUCUUUAGUUAUACGUUAUACUGAUGAUCAAUUUCAUGUAUAUGAACGUUUUAUUGGCUUUCAGCGAGCAUCAAGUACAACUGGUGAAGCUCUAUUUAAAUUAUUAGUUACGUGGUUGAAACAACUCGAUUUGGAUAUUAAUAAUAUAGUCGGUCAAUGUUUUGACGGGGCAAGUGCAAUGCGUGGCAUAUAUAAAGGUGUAUCAACUCGUUUAUUACAAAUUGUACCUACUGCCUUAUAUGUCCAUUGCAAUGGACACAUUUUAAAUUUAUGUGUAGUUGACUUAUCACAAGCAGUGGUACCUAUUAGAAAUAAUUUUGGUAUUACGAGUCACACUGAAUGGACAUCGGAGAUAAAAAAAAAGGAAAAGAAUCCUGCUAGAACUGAAUUUUUUCGGUCUAAAAAAAUGAACAGCACAUACGCAUGUGAAGGAUUUAAAUGUGUUUAG